ACACAGGCCCCAUCGAUUCAACACAACUGCAUACAUAAGCACUUACUAAUAAUAAAGCCCUGUUUGUAUGUCAUUUUCAUGGAGUACUACUGCUAACACAUAUGGAGUGUCAAGAGGAAAGGCCAAUCAUCUAUACCAUGGAAAACAAGCCGAUUGUGACAUGUGCUGGAGAUCAGGGCUUGUUCACGUCUCUCUAUAACUCAUUGGCUCAACAACUUCCUAGGGAGCCAAUGGAGUGGAGGAGGAGUUAUGGCCGAGCACCAAAAAUGAUCCACCUUGAAGCUAAUUUUGUCCAGUUUAAAGAGGACCUCCUCCCCAAGGAGGGCAACAAGGCUCUUCUUACCUUCCCCUUCCUCCACAUCUACUGGACAGAUUGCUGUGACACAGAGGUGUAUAAGAGCUCAGUGAAAGAGGACAUGAUGCGCUGGCAGAACAGCCUGAAGACCCACGGCUCAGCAGACUGGGUCAUCAUCGUCGUGGAGACUAAUGAUACAAAGAAGAAGAACAAGACGAACAUCCUGCCUCGGUCUUCCAUCGUGGACAAAAUCCGUAGUGACUUUUGCAACAAGCAGAACGACAGGUGCGUGGUUCUGUCAGAUCCUCUGAAGGACUCAUCUCGGUCGCUGGAAUCUUGGAAUUCCUUGCUGCUGAAGCUGCGAACUCUUCUCCUCAUGUCCUUCACCAAGAACCUUGGGCAUUUUGAAGAUGACAUGCGUACGCUCCGAGAGAAGCGCACCCAGCCUGGCUGGAGCUUCUGUGAAUACUUUAUGGUUCAGGAGGAGCUGGCCUUUGUUUUUGAGAUGCUGCAGCAGUUUGAAGAUGCCUUGGUUCAGUAUGAUGAGCUAGAUGCUCUUUUUACUCAAUAUGUCCUUAACUUUGGAGCUGGAGAUACGGCUAACUGGCUCGGCUCAUUUUGUGCCCCGGUUCGUAACUGGAGCGGCUUGCUGCUUCGGCGGCCGAUCGAUAUGGAAAAGAGGGAUAGCAUCCAGCGUGGAGAGGCCUGCCUGUUAGAUCUGAGAAGCUACCUGUUCUCUCGUCAGUGCACUUUACUUAUCUUCCUACAGAGACCCUGGGAGGUCACACAGAGAGCCUUAGAGCUGCUCCACAACUGUGUGCAGGAGCUACGCCUGCUGGAGGUGUCGGUCGUUGAUGGGGCGCUGGAUUGUUGGGUGUUCCUCAGCUGCUUGGAGGUUCUGCACAGAAUUGAAGGCUGCUGCGAUCAGGCUCAGUUAGCUGCAAACUGCUCCCAUACUGUCGGCCUCUGGGCCUACGCUACAGACAAGCUGAAGUCUCUGGGAGAACUCUGUGGCCUGGUGUCAGAGAAGGGACCCACAUCUGAGGACCUGAACAGGACUGUGGAUCUGCUGGCAGGACUGGGUGAUGAGAGGCCCGAGACUGUCAACAGUUUGCAAAGCCCUUACAAAAAGCUGAAAGAAGCUUUGUCGUCCGUUGAAGCUUUUGAAAGGCACUAUCUUGAACUUUCUCAUGCAGCUAUGGAAAUGUAUCGGGCCAUCGGCCGGCUGAGGUCUGCUAGACUGGUGGGGAAAAGCCUGGCUGAGUUCUACAUGAGGAAAGGAGACCCGGAACGGGCAGAAACCUUCUUACAAGAAGCUCUGAAGUCAUACGUAUCGGAGGGAUGGAGCCUCCCUGUGACUCACACCAGGAGACAGAUUGCUGAGUGUCAGAAACUGCUGGGAAAAACUGAAGACUACUUGCAAACCAGUGCCUUGUUGGCUGGUGAUGUGAAUCUGACCACGGAGGACAGAAAGCACUUUUGUCAGGAAAUUCUCAGCUUUGCUGGAAAGCCCGGAGACCACUCUUACAAAGUGACCCUCAGCAUGAAUGUUUUUGCUCAGCUCACACGGCUGCAGUUCCAGCCAGCGGCCUCGGUGCAUUCUGGAGCCGUCCUGCAGGUGGAGCUCACUCUGAAAUGUUUGAUGCCCAUUUCAGUGCACAUACAGCAACUAGCUGCUAGUAUUCACUUUGAUGUGGAUCAUGGAGGGACUCAUGGAAGGUCCAAAGGAGCUCAGAGACAAACAUACCCAGGGACAGUAGAGUUUAAACAGGGUAACUCGUUAGCUGGUCUUCCUUCCUCUGUUUCUGCUGGUCCUUCAUUAGAACUGGACGAGAUUCAGGACAGGAGUCCUUCGGACAAUUCUCUCAACUCUACUGGAGUUGUGUGUAAAAACACUCAUCUGGUAAUGCGUCGUCAUGACAGCAAUUCACCACCGGACACACCCAACUGUGUCAGCCCUCCUACUGUUUCUAUGAAAGAAGGCUCACAGAUGUUGAAGGUGCAAGAUGUAACGUUAGAGCCUGGAAAUAACAGCAUCGUCUUCACAGCACCAAGUGGGCAACCAGGUUUUUACACAUUGCGGCAGCUGUGCGCCACAGUUGGUGGAGUGCAGUUUGUCCAGUCUCAUAUCUACCCAUCAGUCCGGUAUGAAGUAUAUUCUCAGGAGCCCCAGCUCACUGUGGAGCCGCUCUCAGAGCCUCUGUUAGCCGGUCUGACUCAGAAGGUAAAGUUCACUCUGCUGACGGGUCACUACACUGUGAAGAAAGGAGAUGCUCUGCAGCUCAGCAACACAGACACCAUGCCCAUCCUGCCCUCCACCAGCUGCACCGCCUGCAUCAGCAGCCCAUCUGCUGAGUUUGUGGGUGAAAGCAUCAUGUCCAUCCAGUCGUCUGAAAAGGUGACCAGCAUCAGCUUACCUCCCACCCCUCCCUACCACAUCCUGGAGUUCCAGUUGGAGGUUUUGUGCAUCAUCCCGUCUGGGUCUGACCGGCCAGCCAAUGAGAGGCUGACCAAUGGGGAGGUCCGUCAUCGACCACGCAGCUACAGUCAUCCUGACACGCCGAUGACCGCCAUCGACCAGAGGAUGUCUAUUGACUGUCCGUGGUCGAUCUACUCUACACUGCUUGCCCUAACCUUCUACAUCCCCUUCAAGACCAAACACUCCCUGCUUUCUGCUGGUAACAGAAAGUACAUCCAGGUGUGUGUGCAGAAUGUGUCCGAUGUGAACUUUACACUAGCUGACAUGAAGCUGGCUGAGAAGCAGCACACGUCGUUGGAGCUACAGUCCCUCAAUAUUAAAACACAACAGCUUCUGUGCAGUAAGCACAGUGUGUUCUGCUUGUGGGAGGUCAGGUGGAAGGAUGACCUGCCUUCCUGUCUACAGUGUGUUUUCUCUGCCAACUUCUCUCCUCUCAACCAAGACGCCUCUGCCUUUAAACCCUUCCACUACCAGUUCCAGCUUGAGAGAGUCACUACAUUGUAUAGCGUGAGAGCGGAGAUCAUGCCUCCUGCUGGCGAGCAGCACUGUCGCUCCGGUUUACUCUGCGCACUCGAGGUGUUUAUAACACGACUGACCGAACCUGCAGAGGGAGAAAUAGCAGAGGACAGCAAAACUGACACUGACGGCCUAAAAACCACUAAACUUAUGUAUGAAGUGGCCGACAGCAGCAGUAACUGGGCAGUUUGUGGCAAAAGUUCAGGGAUGGUGUCCAUGCCGAUGAAGGCCAACGCCACACACAAGGUGCAGAUCCAGGUGAUGCCUCUGUUUGCAGGACACCUACCCUUCCCCAAGAUCAAAGUGCUCAAGUAUCUUCCUCACACCGCUGCAGUGGCCAUUCAGCCAGACCCUGACAGCUGUGUGGAGAACGACAGUCUGUCCCUGCUGGACAAGACGCUGGACGACCAGGCGGACACGGCAAGCAUCCGCAGCCGGGGCAGCAUCCACUCUGUGGGCAGCGGCGACCAGCAGCAGAAGGGUGUGGCCAUGCCACGUCUGGAGCCCUUCAGUCCCGGACAGGUUUUCAACCACAGCCAUGGACGGCAGGUUCUGGUGCUGCCCGCCACCGACGACCACAUCAUGGAAGUCAACGCUACAUGACCCUGGCGUUCAGAUCACCCAUGCACUUCUUUGUAGGACAUAGUCUCUGGAUGAACUCUGUUGAGCUCCAGGGCUGAUCAGGUCCAGGAUUCCAUGUCAAAGACCUUUGCAGGUUGCUGGUAUGGACUCCAUCCCCUAAGCAUGAAACGUUCACAUCACUGGAGACAUUACAGACUAGACAGUGAAGAGCCGACAACUGAUGAUAAAUUUAGAUAAAACAAGAAUCGUUGCCAUACUUUGUACAUAGGUCAUUGAAUGGAUUUAUAGAUAUAAAUAUAUAAAUAUAUAUAUGGACUGAUCAAUCAGAUCUGCACCUGUCAUGCUAUUUUGAACUGGGAGAAAAAGAACUACUCCUGAUUGUCCCACAAUUCACCAAAGCCCCAGAUGUGUGUUUGCCUUGAUCAGCGACACAAGUACUGUAACUUUGACUGAGUGUGAAGAGCUGUAAGUACUGUUCUGCUUGAGACCUUUGCCUUGAUGAUCCCACAUUAGAGAGUAAGUUUGCUUUAUUUAAAAGAAAAAAAAAUCUUACUGAAGACAUCCUUAACCCAGACAGACUUUUCUGUCCUGCCCAGUUCCAUAAAUAUUCCCUAAAAGAAAAGAAAAGAAAUAUUAACUGUGACCAGACUACACAUCUGACAUGUGUGAGACACCUGGAAUAACACCGGAAGGACAACAGCAGCACGAUCUGGGCUACCUGCCGAGUUUAGAGACUCCUGCAGUGUGUUGUUUCACCAUGACUUGCAGGACCCCCGACCGCCCUUUCUCUGCACAGCUGUUAGCUAAUCAACAGAGAAGUGAUGACGCUUGUGCUGAGAGGUGGAGUGUGUGAUUGGCAGUUUGUUGAUCAGCUGGUUGCCAGUCCAGCAUAUCUUCAUUGCUGUGUAACAACUCAAACUGAUGAUCAUUAUCCGAUCUGACAACAGUCAUCCUGAAAGUCUAAACUGAUGCGUAGCCGCAUCCUGGCAGUCACUUUCUCUUCAGAGCUGUUGUGUUGUCAUAUAGAAAUCAUUUUUUUUUUUUAACAAGAACAUAAAAUAAGUUAAAAAAUUGAUAUUAAACUAGAAAUACUGUGUUUUAUUGAAUUUUGGUGCUCUCCAGUUAAAUAUUCAGUUAGAGAUUCAGUUUGAUGAAUAUAUCUGCACCCAAUGUUAAGUGUGUAUUAGGGCUUUUUUCUUCUUUAUCAGUUAAUGAAAUGGUGGCAAUUUGUAAUAAUUUGUGUUAAAAAAAAAGGGACUGAAAAGGCCCAUUUAAGUCUUAAAAUUUAGCACUUACAAGAUUUUUCAUGAUUAUUUAUCAUUGUCAUUGUUUAAAAAAAUCAUUUGUUUUGAAUGUAGACAUCAAGGCAAAACUCUCAAAUACAAACCCAGUGAUGACACAAGAGGUUCAGACUGUGUGUGUGUGCGCGCGCAUGUUGUUCUGUUCUGCUGUGGUUCUGUGUACCUACAUAGGUCUUUGAUUCUGUAUGAGUGUGCACCAUCAGGUGAGACAUUUACACGAUGAUCAGCCUGUGCACACUGUUGUCUUACCAGUUGUCAGUGGAUUGUGCUGCGUGUGCAUAUUUAUUCUGUGUGUGUGCGUCACUAAUUCUGUGUCCGAGCUAUGCACACAUACUGUUGAUGCUGAGUGAGUUAAUGAAUGAGAUAAGAAAUUUAGUUCAUAUUCAUGUAUUCAUUUGGAAGGAAGAAUGUUGGCUACCCCCCCCACCAGUCCUCUCCCCCCUCUCAUGUAUCUACAGCUCUUCUUUGACCACUGUACAUACUGAUCUGUAAAUAAUGAUUAAAAUCAAAAUCAUCUUUGAUUGCCAACUAUAUUAAAAAAACAAAAAAAAAUGUAAGUGAC